GCCACCUUCGCACAAACCAAACUGUCCCCAGGGCGGGCAGAGGUCUCGCUCCGGGACGCGCGCGUGCCCCCUUGCAAAGGGUUAAUUUUGCAAUCGCACGAGGGGGAGGAGAUUUCCCCGUAGACGAAGGACACGUAGCGCCUCCGAAGACCAGCCCCGAUGAACAUGUCAGUGUUGACUCUGCAAGAAUAUGAAUUCGAAAAGCAGUUCGACGAGAACGAAGCCAUCCAGUGGAUGCAGGAGAACUGGAAAAAAUCCUUCCUGUUUUGUGCUUUGUACGCUGCCUUCAUAUUUGGUGGCCGACACUUAAUGAACAAACGGGCGAAGUUUGAACUGAGGAAGCCAUUAGUGCUCUGGUCGCUGACGCUUGCUGUCUUCAGUAUAUUCGGUGCUCUUCGAACUGGUGCUUACAUGGUGUACAUUUUGAUGACCAAAGGCCUGAAGCAGUCAGUCUGUGACCAGGGUUUUUACAUUGGACCGGUCAGCAAGUUCUGGGCUUAUGCAUUUGUGCUAAGCAAGGCACCCGAACUAGGAGAUACGAUAUUCAUCAUUCUAAGGAAGCAGAAGCUCAUCUUCCUGCACUGGUACCACCACAUCACCGUGCUCCUGUACUCCUGGUACUCCUACAAGGACAUGGUUGCCGGGGGAGGCUGGUUCAUGACCAUGAACUACAGCGUGCACUCCGUGAUGUACUCGUACUACGCCUUGCGGGCGGCGGGUUUCCGUGUCUCCCGGAAGUUCGCCAUGUUCAUCACCUUGUCCCAGAUCACUCAGAUGCUGAUGGGCUGUGUCAUUAACUACCUGGUCUUCUACUGGAUGCAGCAUGACCAGUGCCACUCUCACUUUCACAACAUCUUCUGGUCCUCCCUCAUGUACCUCAGCUACCUUGUGCUCUUCUGCCAUUUCUUCUUUGAGGCCUACAUCGGCAAGAUGAGGAAGACAGCGAAGGCUGAAUAGUGUUGGAACUGAGGAGGAAGCCAUAGCUCAGGGUCAUCAAGAAAAAAAAAAAAUAACAGACAAAAGAAAAUGGCACAAGGAAUCACAUAUGGUGCAGCUAAAACAAAACAAAAAUCAUAGGAGCAGACACAAACCCAAGGCAGCUUAGGGAUAAUUAGGUUGAUUUAACCCAGUAAGUUUAUGAUCCUUUCCGGGUGAGGACUCACUGAAUGCACUUCCAUCUCAAAACACCGCUGCUGGAAGGCCACAUCCCCUCUUAAUCUGUCCCCUCUAGGACAAAGGAGAGCAAACGGGAACCAGAGGCAGAGAGAGAGUACCGGAAGGCCAGCUAAGGGUGUUAGCACGCUAGCAAAAGAUGUCUUUACUGAGUGUCAUAUUUCUCUAAGGAGGAAAGAAUUUUAUUUAAAAAUACGAGCGCACACACACACACACACACACACACACACACAAUCCUUUCCGAUCUUUACCAACACCCAACUGCAGCCAACAGAAAAGGUAAACAUGAAAGAGAUACAGGGGGUGUGUCUAGAACAAUAAGGCUUUUGCAGAAAUUAAGGCCUUUUUUUAAGAAAGGUGAGUUGUUGUAGCCCCAUGAGAAAAGAUAUCUUAAUCGUCCCUUGUGAAAACAGAUGUAAACAAUUACAUUCGGCUCAAAAAAAAAAAAAAAAAAGAUGAAUAUUCACUGCAUAGCUGCAGGCUAGUGAGUUUGCCAAAAGCAAACGGGGGCACCAGGACUCUCCCGAGGGUCCUCCUGGGAGGACGGACACAUUGCAGCCCGGGUUCCAGUGGGGACAGCUCCACCCCAGGGCACUUCUGACAGCAGAACUGUGAUUUCUAGUCUUAAAACCAGAUAGGAAGAAUGAUCCUUUUGUUCAGUUGCCCGCAGGCUUUUGAACAGCAGAGUAAGUACAGAAUCAGAAAGAUUUAAAGGAAAAAAAAAAAAAAAUGCAACCAGACGAUUUGCAGAUGGAUUCUGUAACUCCCCGAAAAAGGCCCAGCCAGGUACCCCUGCUGAGCCAGGAGAGGGAAGCUGGGGCGACAGGUGAGCCGGCCGUAGAUGACACGGACACCCCUCCCUAUGGGACUUCACAUAGGCCCCUGACUUUCCAAAAGAAACCCUGUGGGACAGUCUAUUUUCUAUAUUUUUGUGACUUUCAAAGAGAAAUUCUGCAGGACUCUUUCCUGACACUGUGCUGAGCAGGGGUGUCUACAGUGCCCCCUGCUGGCCGCGUGGCGGUACUUCACCAAACACUCCUGGCAAGUUUGGCUGAAGACAGUUGACAAUUAAGGCCCCCCCCCAUAGAUUUACCCCACCCCCCCCAAAUUUUAAAUGACAUAAAAUACUUGUCAUACUUCCUUUAGCCCAAUCAGAAGCUAUCCAUCCUGCUUCAAAUCAGCUUCAGAAAUUUUUUGUAAAAGGGACUUUAUCGCUCUGGAACUCAAAGAUCAAUUUAUUAAGAGCCAUAUUCUUUUAAAAAAAACAAAAAAAAGCUAGGUCAUAUCAUCUGUGAUAUUUCAGUCCUUUGCAAGCCAAAUAAACGUGUCAAUGUUCCUAGUAUUUCAAAGGAGCAACUCUUGUAAAGUUGUUCAAUGUGACAUCAUAGUAUUACUAUUAUAAUUGGUUAAGUAGCUUAAUGAUUAGGCAAACUAGAUGAAAGGUUAGGGGCUAUUCUACAAGCAUAGAUUAUGCACACAUACACGCACACAGAUGUGGGGUACACCGAACUUCAGAUCCCAAAUGACUAGAAACAUUUUCUGGCUAGCAGAAAAAAGAAACCAUUGUUUUAUCUUUCUUGCUUUAUUUGAGCGUGUACAGUAAAAGGGAUUUUUUUUCAAAUUAUUUUUAUAUUGUUUUAGCUUUAAAGUGUGCUGUCAUUCACGAAACAGCUGCUCUGCUUUUCCGUCAAGAGAUGGCAAGAGCUUUUUCCAGCAUCUCAUUUCUGUGUCGAAUUGAAAAAAAAAAAAGAAUAAAGUUUUAUUCCAUUCUGUGUGAA